UUUCGCAUCGAGCCAGUCUACGUUUGCACCUUGGCGGCCGGCGUGCGUUCUUAUGCAGGGGCCGAGUGCGUGAGUGCACGCGUUACGAAAAUCAACAGUGAAAGUGCGAAAGGCGUGCGUGCAUACAUUAUAAUAACAAUAAUUCCAAGGCAUUCCACGUGAAAAAGCGCUUCGAGAGAUCAAUCGCCCCUCUGGAUGUUUCCGUCAAGCGCGACUUAAAAAACUCUUUUUGUCUUGAGCAAAAUUCGCCGCUGCAGCACAAAAGGCAGCCCCCAUGGAGGUGACGAGAGAAGAUGCGGGUGCGGUUCCCGUUCCGCGGCCGCCGCUCAACUCACAGGUGUCCACUGUGUGGCAACGCAAACAGAACGCCGUGUGUGUGCGAAAGGCGUGCAAAAGAUACGGCACCAACAGCAAUCCGCACGUCGUCCUUGAAAAUCUCAACAUGACCGUGCCAAAGGGAUCAAUAUACGGGUUAUUGGGUGCGAGCGGCUGCGGUAAAACGACCCUGCUGACGUGCAUCGUGGGUCGACGUCGGCUCAACACGGGUGAAAUCUGGGUGCUGGGCGGCAAACCCGGCGACCCGGGCAGCGGGGUGCCGGGGCCCCGGGUGGGCUAUAUGCCGCAGGAAAUCGCUUUGUACGGCGAGUUCUCCAUCCAAGAGACCAUGAUGUACUUUGGCUGGAUCAUGGGACUCAGCACGGAGAAGGUUGACGAAAGACUCUCGUUCUUGCUCAAAUUCCUGGAAUUGCCUUCAAGGCAUCGUCUGGUCAAAACUCUCAGCGGAGGCCAACAAAGAAGAGUUUCUUUGUCAGCUGCUUUGGUGCACGACCCUGAGCUUCUCAUCCUCGACGAGCCAACCGUCGGGGUGGACCCGGUUUUACGCCAAAGCAUUUGGGAGCAUCUGGUUGCCAUUACCAAGGAUGGAAACAAGACUGUGAUCAUCACGACUCAUUACAUUGAGGAAGCUCGCCAGGCGCACGCCAUUGGUUUGAUGCGCGGCGGUCGUCUGCUUGCCGAGCAAUCCCCGGAGUCGAUGCUGGUGCAAUAUAACUGUGAUAGUUUGGAGGAAGUUUUCCUCAAGCUGAGCAGAGAACAAACAAACAAACAGCAGGGGGCUAUCCAGGCCGAGAAUUCAGCACACGCUGUACCAAUUGGUGGUCAGAUGGAUGCUGAAGCAGUUGUCGAGCCAACGCUCGAAAGCAGUCAGCCAGGUGAGGAGGAAGAUUUCUCAUACAAACAAGACGAGAGUCCUCAGUCAGGCUGGAAGAAAAAUCUGAAGCUGUCGUCGUCCAACAUUUUCAAGGCCCUACUAUGGAAAAAUUUCAUGUGGAUGUGGAGAAAUCCAGGGAUAAUCCUGUUCGUGGUCGGUUUGCCGAUUAUACAGGUGGUUCUGUUCUGCGUGGCCGUCGGCAGGGACCCUGCAGGUCUCACCUUGGCCAUCGUCAACCACGACACGCCCUUCGGAAAGUCCUGCCCGACCGACCUGACCGGAUGCAACCUCACGCACAUGGCCUGCCGAUUUUUGGACAGCUUACGAGAAUAUCCAGUCGUACUGGAACCAUUCCGAGACGUCGAAAGUGCGAAAAACGCGAUCAAAGCUGGUCAUGCCUGGGGUGCCCUUUACUUCACGGAGAAUUACACCGACGCCCUGGUGGCCAGGGCAGCUCUGUGGAAGGACGCCGACGAGGAGACCCUGGACCAAAGCGAGAUGCGAGUUUGGCAGGAUCUUUCGAACAAGCACAUCGGUCUGAUGCUGCAGAGGUAUCUGCACCAGUCCUACGAGAGCUUCAUGAAAGGCCUUUUGACUGCUUGCAAAGAGAAUACAGAACUUGUUGAAGUCCCUGUUAAAUUCUUGCAACCUGUUUACGGGCCAGCCGUGCCGAAUUUCACGGAUUUCGCCGCUCCUGGAGUAAUGCUGACAAUUAUUUUCUUCUUGGCCGUUGCCCUGAUGUCUGGGGCCAUGAUCAUCGAGCGCGUCGAGGGAUUAUUGGAGCGGAGCCUCGUGUGUGGAAUCACGCCCCUGGAGAUUCUGACCUCUCACGUGGUGACCCAAUUCGUGGUCAUGACGAGCCAGUGCGUCCUGGUCAUUGUGUUCACCCUGGCCGUGUUCAACAUCACGUGCGAGGGUCCGGUCUACCUGGUCGGCCUCAUGCUGAUGCUGCAGGGCCUGUGCGGCAUGUGCUUCGGAAUGGUGAUUUCGUGUCUCUGCGAAAACGAGCGGACGGCAACCUACCUCGGACUUGGCAGCUUCCUGCCUAUUGUCAUGCUUUGCGGAAUCAUUUGGCCGGUGGAAGGAAUGAAUUACUAUCUGCGCACAAUGAGUUCUAUUCUGCCCUUGACCUAUCCGACCGAAUCGAUGAGGAGCAUCUUGGCCAGAGGAUGGACCAUUGAGCAGCCCGUGGUUUAUCAUGGCUUCAUCACCAUCAUCAUCUGGGUCUUUGUGUUCUCCUCGGCUAGCGUGCUCAUCCUCAAGAUCAGAAAAAAUUGAAGCGCGCAAAAAUCUUAACAGACAUGCAGGGUAAUAUGGGUUUGGUACUCUGUAAAUAUUAAUCUUAAGUCUCACAAGUCAGCGGAAAUUUGUUUGUAUACUAUUUAAUUUUUUGCUGUUGCAUAUAUAUGAUAAUAUAUAUUUAUGUGUAUGUAUUUGUGCAUAGUUUUAAUUUAAGUAUUACUUAUUGUGCCUUUUUUACGCUAUAAUAAUGGCUCAACAACAGACGACAUUUAAUUGUUAAGGAUAAUAACCAUUUUAAGAUAAAUUGU